UUCAUCAGAUUAGAAAGCCAUAUAGAUCAAGAGGUUGAUUUGACAGGCGUAAACAUAUUUUAAGUUAUUCUGAUUGUGAAAAAAAACGGAGGGUGGGUAACGUAAGCAAACAGCCAAUAGGGCAUUCAGAACCUGUGGCAUCAAUUUCCUCGUCGACCAGUUGCUUUAAAACGACCUCAGCAUCGCAGUGAGGACUUCAGUCACCGGGGAUCACCGCACCAGUCACUCGCCUUUUAUUGCUGCCACCUCCCGGAUCCCCUGCAGCUCGGAAGCCUUCCUCCACAGCACAGCACACGAAACCCCUUCUGAGAAAAAGAAAAUGACUGAAACGGAAACCAGGACGCAUCACGAUGGCAAGCAACAGAUCCGACGUGCCGUGGCAGAAACCUCGUCGGUGGAGGAUGUUUUUGACGACACCUAUAAAGAACAAGAGGGUCCCAAACCGCCGACGAUGCUGGUGUGGAGAAAUAUAAUUCUGAUGUCCGUCCUUCAUGUCGCAGCUCUUUAUGGACUGGUUCUUCUUCCAUCCGCCUCGGUUUCAACUCUUGCAUGGACUGCAGUGUGUUACCUCAUCAGUGCUCUCGGUGUGACUGCUGGUGCACACAGAUUAUGGAGCCACAGAUCCUACAAGGCCUCUUUUCCUCUGCGAGUCUUCCUCGCUCUCGCCAACUCCAUGGCCUUUCAGAAUGACAUAUAUGAGUGGGCGAGGGACCACCGUGUCCACCACAAGUACUCAGAGACGGACGCAGACCCCCACAAUGCCACACGGGGUUUCUUCUUCGCCCACAUUGGUUGGCUGAUGGUUCGCAAACAUCCCGACGUCAUUGAAAAGGGCAAAAAACUGGAGCUGUCCGACCUGAAGGCCGAUAAAGUGGUUAUGUUCCAGAGACGGCACUACAAGCUCUCUGUGGUGAUCCUCUGCUUCGCCGUGCCAAUGUUUGUGCCCUGGUACUUCUGGGGUGAAUCCUUGUCUGUGGCAUACUUCGUCCCUGGAUUCCUAAGAUACGCUGUGAUGCUCAACGCCACCUGGCUGGUCAACAGCGCUGCACACAUCUGGGGCAACAGGCCUUAUGACAAGACCAUCAACCCGAGGGAAAACCUAAUAGUUGCUCUCAGUGCCAUCGGAGAAGGCUUCCACAACUACCACCACACAUUCCCUUUUGACUACGCCACGAGUGAGUUUGGCUGCAAGCUAAAUCUCACGACUGCCUUCAUAGACACCAUGUGCUUCCUGGGUUUGGCCAAGGACCCCAAGAGGGUGUCGAAGGAAGUUAUCACUGCUCGCGUGCAGCGGACGGGUGAAGGCAGCCACAAAAGUGGCUGAGUCACACUAGCCACUAGCUCUGAAACUGAUACCUAUGUGUCGAACCAAGACAGAACGUAGCAACGGGUAUAGCAGAAUUUCAGUGGUGGUUAGGGUUGAUUCCCAUGCUUCUGAAUAUAAGAUAAACCUCCUCCUGAGACUAAUAUUGGCUUUUGAGAGUUGUAGACUUUCCAUAAAUGUGUGGGUCUCUUUUUAAGUUUUGAAGUGUCCUCACCAACUAUUAGUCACAGCCAGUGACCUGGCUACAUGUCCAAGCACAGCUUUUCACCAUAAUAUAUAAAACUGGCACAAAGAGAAUGAAAUGUGUUAAUUGGGAUUAAAGUCUCUCUUGGCAGCAGUAGGACAACCAGAAUAAGUGUGUAAAAGCAGUGAUUACAGAAUAAUUUACUGUACAGCUUAUUUGUUAACGUGCUAUUUAUUAAUAGUUUGUGGCACUUUAAAAGCUUUAUUGAAACUUUUAACAACGAUGUUUCUCUACAUGCGAUACUGAGGGCCUUUCGCUCUAACUUCUGUCAAUACUGCUUUGUCUCAUUCCAAAAGGAGUGGAGUUUCAUCUUUAUUUUUGUCUGUCUAUUAUAAGCUACGGUUUUCUUUAUGUUUUGGUAAGAUAUUAGUCUUACUAAAUCAUAAGCUGCUGUGUUCAAGGCCAACACCGAGACAGUUAACUCAAUUGAACUGCCCUUAUUUAUCAUACCUGAGUAACCCUGUGUGAAUACAGUACAGAUGUGUUAUACUUUGGGCUAUUUUCACACCCACUGUCUUCAACUGUACAAGAGGGUUUUUUAAUGAGGACAAAACUUUCUGGAGUAACGCAUUGUAUACCUCUGGUUGAGUAGUGAAGACUCCGACUGAAACAGAACCAGACUUCUAAUUCUUAACCUGAAAACAGAGAUAUAUAUAUAUAUAUAUAUUUACAUUUAUUUUGUAUUCAUUUGAAAUACACUCAGAGAUAAGCUCUCCCUCAGACAAGGCAAAUGAAAGAUUUACCUUUUGUGCUGUGUAAUGAUAUAUUAUUGAAACGUGUCAGGACUCUUGACCGAAUGCCUUAUGUGGGUUGCACACCUGAUGAAAAAUUAAAAGUGCAAGUUAUGGAAAUAAAUUAGGGCUUAAAUUGAACCACAGUUGUUUUGUGUCUGUCUGUUUUUAAGGAACACUUCAAAAAUUAAAAUCCCGUAUUUAUAAUGAAAAAGAGGGACCAAUCAACAACAUAUUUUAAAAAACCAAAAGGGUUACUGUAAUUUAACAUUUGUGUAACCAAACAAAUAUGUUGCUCUAAAACAAGAUCCAAACUUAUAUCAUUGAUGAUAAUGUUGUGAUAUUUGCCACACUUCCACUUUUAAUGAGUAACACUUUUUUACAGUGUUAACUUCUUGAAGUUUGAAUGCCUUAAAAAUGGCACUUAAUUUAUUUUUAAAUAUUUUUGCCCACUGUGUACGUAAAUAAACCAAAUUUUCUACUUGUGACAAAAUAUGUUUUGCUGUUUUUGUUGGAAUUCUGUAAUAGUCCUUAUUCCUAUACUGAAUAAAAAUAUGACCAUAC